AUAGAGAAACUUAAACACCAAAUGAAUGUGGCUGCCUUUAUUCAAUUAAAUUAAAAAUAAAACUUAAAAAUUAAAUUCAUUGCCCCUUUCCAACUCCCUUCUUCUCUCCCCUGCAUAUUCCCCGCAUCUUAAAACAAACAAACUCUUUCAGAAAUUUUCCUAAAUUUCCCACUUCUCCAAUUACACAAUUGCCCACGUUUCCAGUCCUUACUAGUUGUCUCAGCUGAAGUCGGUCGGAGUUCUCUGGAUCUCGCCGGAAAAUUUUGUCUUCCGGCAGACAGUUCCCGCCAAGAAAUUAUACAUACUCUAACUCCGUUUAAAUCACUUCUUUCACAGGUGAAAUUUCUUUAAAUCUGAAAUAUUAAGCAGUUGACUCAUGAAGAACGGUAUGGCAGAAUGCGCUGUCUGUCAUUCCAAGCUUGUUUCUCCAACUGUAAAAACUAUUUCAAGGGCAUAUGAUCGACACAGAAGCAAGAUUUCAUCAAAGCAGCGUGCUCUUAAUGUCCUUUUGGUUGUAGGAGAUUGUAUGCUGGUUGGUUUACAGCCUGUUUUAGUAUUUAUGUCAAAAGUGGACGGAAAAUUCAAGUUUAGUCCCGUAAGUGUCAACUUCUUGACGGAGGCGACAAAGGUCGUCUUUGCAAUACUAAUGCUUUUAAUCCAGGCCAGGCAUCAAAAAGUUGGAGAAAAGCCACUUCUUUCAAUAUCCACAUUUGUACAGGCUGCACGAAACAAUGUGCUUCUUGCUGUACCAGCACUACUCUAUGCCAUAAAUAACUACCUAAAGUUCAUCAUGCAGUUAUAUUUCAACCCAGCAACUGUGAAGAUGCUAAGCAAUCUGAAGGUUCUGGUUAUUGCCGUGCUUUUGAAAUUUAUCAUGAAACGACGAUUUUCCAUAAUUCAGUGGGAGGCUCUUGCUCUGUUGCUAAUUGGGAUUAGCAUUAAUCAACUUCGAUCGAUUCCUGAAGGCACCACUUCUUUGGCUCUUCCAGUUACCACAAUUGCAUACAUCUAUACACUGAUUUUUGUAACUGUUCCUUCUAUGGCCUCAGUAUUCAAUGAGUAUGCUUUGAAGAGUCAAUAUGACACUAGCAUUUAUCUCCAGAACUUAUUUCUCUAUGGAUAUGGUGCUAUAUUCAACUUUCUCGCAAUUCUUGGGAUUGCUAUAUUUAAAGGUCCUAGUAGCUUGGAUAUAUUUGAGGGGCAUUCAAAGGCAACAAUGCUUCUAAUUGUUAACAACGCGGCACAAGGAAUUCUGUCUUCCUUUUUUUUCAAAUAUGCUGAUACGAUUCUGAAGAAGUAUUCGUCGACCGUUGCAACGAUAUUUACAGGCAUAGCAUCUGCUUUGUUGUUUGGUCAUACACUGACCAUAAACUUUCUUCUUGGGAUUUCUGUUGUUUUCAUCUCAAUGCACCAGUUCUUUUCACCUCUUGCAAAAGUUAAAGAUGACCAACAAAAUGGGACAUUGGAGUUGAUUGAUGUCGGGGAGAAGCAUAGCUCUAAAGAUUCAUCCUUCGUAAAUAUGGCAGCAGGAGCAAAUGAGGAGGCUAGUCAUCUAGUAGGACCUGAUGAAAGACAGCCACUUCUUCCAAGAUGAAGUUAUUUGAACUGUCAUUUCUAGGGCAUUUUGUGGUGAGCAUUUACAGGGAGUGUAGAAUAUGAGGUCAUUCAGAUUAAUAUCCAGAAGAAAUAAAGAAGAAUGUUCUGCUGUUUCUCUUUUCUUCUCUCCAAAAUUUGGUCAAUCCCUCUGUGCUUCACGGGUCUUUCAUCUGGAGAGGACUAUAUGUUGAUGAAGGAGUUUUAGGUAGGCAACAGCAAUAUAGUUCUCCUGCAAUACAAAUACGUGUGAUGGACGUUGUAUAAGUUACAUACCACUUACAAAAAGACAUGUAGUGUUACAUAUUGAUUUUCUUGUAAACAGUUGACAGAUAUCAAUUCUUUCAUACAUUCUUGUAAUCAAGUGAAUUUUGAUGAUAGAACUGUGCCAUAGAAUUUGUGAUGUUUAUUUUCAAGAAGGAUGUUGGUUUAUCCUGGUUUAAAAGGCAGACGAUGGUUCAAAAUA